CCAUCUGCGGCUUCUCUUGAAAGGAAGUUAGAAAAGCUCGAAAGCGGGAGAGAGAGGGAGGGGACAACUGAUAGAGACGGAGAGGGAUCUGGGGUCUGUGCCAUCAUAGCCGUCGAUUCGUUUGACAUUCCGAAUUACGGCCGCCGGUUCUCGAUUUCCCGUCAUCUCCCCGCCUCUCCGUCUUCCGUUUCUUGAUCUCUCAGUUGUGAUGCUAAAAGAUUAACAAAAUAUUUCUUUAAGUCUCCAUGAUGCCAAAGAAUGUGUGGGCGAUUCCUAGGACUGAUGCUUGGUCAUUGUUAGCUCUUGCAGAAGCCUGAAAAGGUGGCCACCAAUGUAGCAAUUUAACUAAGUUCCGUAGUCUGCUUCAUAGUGAUUAUCUAUUUCAAUGUGGGCAUCACAGAAAAUUCAAAUUCCAAUGCGUUGGUUAUGAUUGUUUGGGACAUAAAACUCUCUCCUUCAAACACUACUGGUAUAUGAGUUUGGGAGAGGGAAGCCCUUUGCUGCUGCCACCACUUCUGCCUCUGCCUCUGCCUGUGCGCCUUUUCCUUACCAUGUCUCGUGAUCUGGACAGCCCUUUACAAACUCAGAUGGCAGUUGCAACCAUCAAAGGAACCAGUUGUGAUUGCCUUGAAAAUAAGAGGAUGGAAAGAAAACCUUCUGCAAGAAGACGUGUUUUUGUUCAAACUGAAACUGGCAGUGUGUUGGGCAUAGAGUUAGACAGGAGUGACAAUGCAUAUACAGUGAAGAAGAGAUUGCAGCUUGCCCUCAAUAUCCCAACUGAAGAAAGCUCAUUGACAUAUGGGGAUACAGUAUUAAAGAAUGAUCUAAGUGCUGUUAGACAUGAUUCUCCACUUCUUCUUACAAGGAAAUUCUUGCACAGAAGCUCAUCUACGCCAUGUCUCUCACCCACUGGUCGGGAUCUUCAGCAGAGAGAUCAGAGUGGUCCAAUUGAGAUAUUGGGGUGCUCAAAUUACUUUGCUCCAACAAAGUUAUUGGUGAAGGACAUUGUGAAGGCAAUAGAGAAUGGUAUUGAUCCAAUUCCUGUUUGUAGUGGGCUUGGAGGUUCAUACUAUUUUAGAAAUUGUAAUGGUGAGAAUGUUGCCAUUGUGAAGCCAACAGAUGAGGAGCCUUUUGCCCCAAACAACCCAAAGGGUUGGGUGGGGAAAACCCUUGGGCAACCAGGCCUGAAACGUUCAGUGAGGGUUGGGGAGACAGGUUUUAGAGAAGUGGCAGCUUACCUUCUUGACUAUGAUCAUUUUUCCAAUGUGCCAUCUACUGCCCUUGUAAAGAUUACACACUCAAUUUUCAAUGUCAAUGAUAGAGUGAAUGGAAAUAUGAAUCAAAAUGGGAAGCAGGUCAGCAAGAUUGCCUCAUUGCAGCAGUUCAUCCAGCAUGAUUUUGAUGCUAGUGAUCAUGGUACUUCUAGCUUCACUGUUUCUGCUGUACAUAGGAUUGGGAUUUUAGAUAUUCGGAUUUUAAACACAGACAGGCAUGCAGGAAACCUUUUAGUCAGGAAGCUUGACGGGUUUGAGAAGUUUGGUCAGGUGGAGCUUGUUCCUAUUGACCAUGGGCUUUGUCUUCCAGAAAGCUUAGAGGAUCCAUACUUUGAGUGGAUCCAUUGGCCACAGGCAUCUAUUCCUUUCUCUGAGGAUGAGCUAGAAUAUAUUGAUAAUCUUGACCCUAUUCAUGAUUCUGAUAUGCUGCGAAUGGAGUUGCCCAUGAUUCGAGAGGCAUGCCUCCGAGUUUUGGUUCUUUGCACCACUUUCCUUAAGGAAGCAGCAGCAUUUGGUCUAUGUCUUGCUGAGAUUGGUGAAAUGAUGAGUAGGGAGUUUCAGGCCCAUAAGGGGGAUCCAAGUGAGCUUGAGGUUAUAUGCAUUGAGGCACGAAGGCAGUUAGAGGAGAUGGAGGUGUUGGCUUUGGAAAGGAAAGUAAGAGAAGAGGAGUUUCAGUUUGAUAUGGAUUGUGAAGAUGAGGAAUUUGAUUUGAUCCCUAGUAAGGAAGAGAAAUUGGUGACUAAAACUACCUCUCAUUUUGGGUUCACAAGUGCUAAUGGGCGAAAUCCACUUUCUAAGUUGGAGGAGAAUGUUGAGGAGGAGGCAGCAGCAGAGAUUGAGGGGAAUGGCAUGCUCUCCCAAGUGGAGGGGAGCCAGGUUCCAAGUGCUUUGAAGUUGUCCUUGUCACUGGAAAACACAAAGGUUGGUAAGAAGACUUGGCAACACCAGGGUGCAAUGUUAAAAGAUGGUUGCUUGGCUGGUCCAUCUUCUGGAAACUGGAGUGUCAAUGAGCAGUUGCCUGCAAGCACAAGUUUUGAGCUGACAGAUAUCAAUGGAGAGGAUUGGACACAGUUCCUUGAAAUUUUCCAGAAGUUGCUGCGCCCAGCUUUUGCUACUCGUAAAUCUACAAGUUUAGGUCAGAGGCAAAGGCAGAGGCUUGGAACUUCAUGCCAGUUUUGAGAAGAUAGCUAUCAGAUAUAGAAUGUGAAGUCCAAAGAAGAAUAAUGGGGUUGUAUACCAUGGGGAUUUUAGGUGUCCUAGGUUCAUGGGUUCCCAUGAUGGGCAACAGCUGGGAGUUGGAGCCUCUUUUUUACGUAGUCAUAUUGUGAAAUAGUAAGCUAAGAAGGUGAGAACUGUGGCUUUUUUUCUUUUCUUUUCUUUAUUUCUUUUUAUUUUUCUUCCACUCCUUGUUCAAUGUUUAGACAAUAGAAGCAAAUGGAAAAGGAGAUCUUGGCGUAUAUAAUGUUAGUGAUGCAAAAUAUAUGAUCUUGUUUUCAGUUAUAUUUCCAGUUUUAUCACAUUCUGAUCAACACUACUAAAAUUCUCUACUUUGUUGGUCUUCAGAAAUCUACGCUGUUAUUGUUUUGAUAUUUAGUGUCUUGAAGCAUGCUGGUUUUUCUCUGGCCAGAGUUCUCACUAUUAGCAUAUGAAAGACAACAGUCUGUCUAAUCUUCAGCUAGAAAGAGUUUUUUGCUAUGUUUUCUGAAAAGAUCUAGUUUCUGAAUCCGGAUUUCUUGGAUAGUUGUACGCUGAGUACUUUGUUUUUCUUAAACUCAACUUGCAUCCUGAACUGAUAGCAGUGCUCUACAUAUCCUUUAUAUUCACUUUAUAUUGAUUGUUACAAAGAAUUCUAAUGAUUUCUUGAUAACGCAUAAGGAUUGUCAAAACUGAAGUGUUGACAAGUGAUUCUGUUAGGAGCCACUAUGAGAAGGAUUUUCACUUGAAGACUAGGAGAGUUGGAACUCAUAUAUGCUGAAACAAUAGUUAAACUUAGCCAUGCUGAGACAGUAGUGAACUUCCUCUCUAAGUUGUUAUAAAUUUGGUUGAUCACAUUUUUCCAUUUUAUUCUCUUUCAGUUCUUAUGGAUGAACUAAUUUCAUUUGGUGGCAAAUUAGGGUUGGAGGGCUAGCAGUUUGUCCCGUCUGGUCAGGUUGAGUUGGUGAUGAUAAAGGAUGGCAGUGAGAUGGUGAUGCUAAAGGAUAGCAGUGAGACAGGUGAAAAAGCUGCAGAGACACCGAGGUGCUGUUUGGAGGAAAAGAAAGAAACAUUACAGCAGCUUGAGCAGCUUGAGAUAGGGAAGAAUGAAAGUGAGAGAGACUUGCAAAUACAGAAAACAGAGGCAGAUGUCUCCUCCAUCAACUCUGCAAGUAUUCAUUUUCACCCCUGGUUGGAGGCCCCAUCACCCAGACUUCCUGCUGAGACUUCCAGCAUUUAUGGCAAAUCAUUAUUAUUAUUUUCUUAGAGGCAUUUGAGAACAAUUUCUGUGAUUAAGAGGGAAAUCACCUUAAGUAGAAUGCUUUUGGUUUUUGAUUUCUAUUUGAAGAAACCUGUGAUGGAGGUCCUAUAAACUUGCAAUCAUUGAGUUGUCUUAUUCUUCCAAAAUAAUAAGCCAUAGGUUUUUUCUUUUUGUUUA